AUCAUGGACCCCGAACCGCUCCGAUUCCUCCGACCGAUCGAUUCUGAAGAUCAAUCAACAAUCGAUACGGAAGGAGAGGAUACGUCUUCAAUACUAUCAGAUGGCGUGCCUUACAGAAUGAAUAAUACUGACCUGAACGAAGAACGAAUUGAUGAGUCUUGUAUUGAUAACAACGACAAUCAAGGAACAUUUGAUCAGAUUUUCAUCUCUGUGGAAGUAAUUUCCAAUUGUCAAGAAGAAUCAGAAAUUCAACUGGAGGAUUCUUCCACCGAUAACAACAGCAAUAUAUCAACUGGAAAUGAGUAA